AUGCCUAGCAACCCGCCUCAUAUGCACACGGAUGCCCACGAUAAUGUUCCUAGACAGCAGCAAUUUAAGCCAGCUGCAUGGGGAGGCGCCAGCACAGACGAUCCCAAGACAAAGACCAGUGAUUUCAAGGCAUGGGAGUCGAUGAGGACACCAAGAGGUGAGGAAGGCCCUAUUCCCUUUCAUAUACGGACGGUAUCGCAAAAGGCUGCUGGGCCACCCCCGGUCCCACCAGGACGUGAAACGAACGGCAAAGCAACCCACCUGCGGAAUUGGUCAAGUAGCGAUUCAACAGAUAUUCUUGCGAGCUUUUGCGCGGGGUUUGGCAUAGGGGACGACGAUGAUAUAUUCUCUCGAUCCUUGCCUCAGUCCACAUUAUGGAAAGAGAGAACCGUGGAUGAUAGUGGAAAUCGCGAUUCAGAUGGCUCUCUCGCGCCCUUGACGCCAUCGAACCCAAAUGACAUGAAGGCGCCCUCGGAUACCAGCGACAGCAGCAGCGAGUUUCAUUCCGAGACGACGGAAGAGACUUAUCCACCGCCAGGACCGAACCCCCUCCAAAGGAAACCUACAUCUGGAAUCUGCCAGGAUGGGGCAUAUGCAAUGGAACGGGACACGAUUCGAUUACGUCGAAAAAAGAGCUGUCGAACAUCGGAGCGUCCAUCUAUGGGUCCUGGUCGUAGUAGUGGGCUCUUUGGCGAAUAUGGGCCCCAUGACAAGACGGAAAAGGCCUUCAGACAUUCUCCGAAGACCUCUGAGGACGAUAAACCACACCAACAUUCGCCAAAUGAUCCACCUCCGCAUAUCGAAGGCGUAUCGAUCCGCUCCGACGCCAGCUCACCAAAAUACGAGGGUGCUUCGAGUCGGCAUCCACAAGGAAGCUCACCAUCAGACAAAAUCAAUGACCUAAUUCACCAAUUCAAAAUUGAAUACGAGCCGCAAUGCCCGGUGAAUGUUGAAGACGAAGUGCUCAGAUGUAAGAAGGAGCAGCUGAUCAAUGACGCACAAUCCGCGCUUGAGCAGCUAGAUUCGAUUAUGGGAGCUGCCAAUGGAGAUAUGUAA